AUAAAGAACUUGGGUCUUCAACCUUCGAAUUCUAUUCAGGGCUAGUAGUCAAAAUUUGUCAUAAUUGGAUCUAAGAACGAUGUAGCUUAUCGGAUUAUGUGUUAUUAAAACUGACCAAUACAGGACAUGAAGUUAAUGAUGUGCGACCAAAAGAAUAACUUAAGUCGUUGAAUACUACCCCAGACCUUUUGGUGGAGUAAAUUCGACCAAGGAUAUUACUUCCAAGCAACAAAUUACCUCGAACAAGACAAGUGAAGCUGUUAUCAUCCGAGGUCGACAAGAAAUGGAGAAUGUAUUCACAGAAGGACGGAACGCGAACUGAAUUUGAUUAAAUUAUUAGUUGAAAUUACUCCGCGUUUGUGCUAGUUUUAAAACGAUACUGGAAUUUCGGGAAUUUCGUUUGUUUCCUGAAAGGUUUGGAAAAAAACACAUCCGGAAUUAGUGCAUUCAAAUGGGAAUAUUUCAAACAUAUUUGCCAAAUAUUUAAAAGGCCUUGAUUACUCUGGAUUGGUUCCUCAACGUACAGGAUACUUCACCAUAACAUUGCAGAAUGAUUGGACGUGUAAAGUGAUUGGAUUCGUUGCAACCCUAUAUGUUUUAAAGGUUCCGUGAAAGCCAAAAGUGAACUGAAAUUUGCAAAUGAUAUUCAUAACAUCUUUUAAACAUCAAAAUUACAUGUCAUCACCGAGAAAGAAAUGGUUAAGAAUCUUGAUGACGGGAGCUCCAACGAGACGCAUUGUUUUGAAUGGUGGUGCUUUCAACAUAAAGCUCUAAUUGUUCUGGAAGCCCUCACCAUCAUUCUCUGUCUAGUGGGUAGCUUUGGAAAUUUAGUAACCGUACUUGCCAUAUUAUUCUCUAGCCUCAGAUAUUGUGUGAACUGUGUCUUGAUAGGCAGUCUCAGCUUUGCUGGUUUUUUGUACUGCUCGUUGAUAAUGUCAAUACAAGCAGUAUUUUAUCAUAGGAAAUCCAGAAACACACCGAAAAUAUUUUGUUCUGUUACAGGAGGCAUUCGCUAUACUCUGUCUGGAGUGAUAAUGGCACAUUUAGCUGUCAUAGCAUUGUACUUGUUUCUUAAUUUUGUUUAUAUCGACAAGUACAGAUACAUGUCAAAAGUACGGCAACUUAUAAUUUCUCUUCUUGUUUGCUGGGUGGUGCCUUGUUUUUUCACCAUACCUCCUACAAUUGGGGUGUGGGGUGCAUUCCAAUUUCAGACCCAGAUUCUCUCAUGCACAUUUGACAAAAAGGCUGACCAAAGCAACAGAGUUGUCAUGGUUACGGCUGGCUUUAUAAUACCAUGUAUUUUUAUCGUUUAUUGCUACGCUCGUAUUGCAUGUACCGCUUACAAUAACUUCAAACGUGUACGUCGAUGGCAGGGCAACUCUCCAAAGUCAAAAGCAAUACGGAUUUCAACAAUGAUGAUGUGUAUAUUUCUAAUAUUUUUCGUCAGUUCCUUUCCCUACUUCGUUUUAAAUGUAAUAGAUAAAGAAUUCAAACACCCAAUUCACCACAUUUGGACAACUAUGUUUGGUUGGGUGGUGUACUGUUGUAAUCCUGCCGUGUAUUCAUUGAUGGACAAAAACUUCAGGAGGUCGUACAAGAAGAUUUUUAUGCGUUCUAGUGAAAACAAUUCCGUGUGGAGAACCGGAGGUACACAGACAACCACUUAUGUUUAGAUUUAUAUUAUUAUAAUUACUGUAAUGCCAUUUCUCACAGAAAAAUUGUGUCCGUUCCUGAUGAUUUGAAGAUAAAAUCGUCAUGAUUAAGGUUUAGUUUUUUACAUAAGUAUUUAUGUAAUCAUUCUUAAAUUUUCUCCAACAAGUUCGAAAACUAGACGCGUUUCAAUUUCUGGGAAGAUUCUUUAACUAUUUUUAAGUUCCCCAAAUUUGACGCAUAAUAUGUCGAUGUGAUAUAAAAAGAACUAAGAUGUACGAUCUAUUGAUUGAACCUAAAUUUAAUCACAAGAUUAAUGAUAAACUAUAUGAAAUGGUACAUGUAUAACGACCCUUGUACAAAGGUGGGAUGCAUGGUAACAUUUUGUUAAAGGAAGAGAAAUAAAUAUUAUUCAACCUAGUCAUACUGUAAGAAAUAUUAGCUGAAAUGUGUUAAAAAUGCCGAUUCAAUUUAUCGAAAUUGAUGUCUUUAAAAGAAUAAUAAUUACAAUUGCAGAAGCAUGUGACAUUUUGUUAGAAUUCAGUCAUCUUGGUAAACUUGAUAUGUUGGAGUAAUGUAAAAACCGCGUUUUUUUACAUAUACGGUUUCUUUUUUCCGCUAGAAUAUGACUUUUGUGUUAAUUUUCCUUCCACUUAUUGAAUGCUCUUGGCCAUUAAGACUUUCAACAUUAGAACGUACUGACGUUGGAGGAACAUUAAACUGUUUAUAUUGGAAUGUCUGGUUCCGACAAUCCCAGAAAUGCAGAGCUAUUCCGGUAUACAUGCUUUUUUCAAACUGCUCUUACCUGAGGCAUUAAAAUGCAUGGGUAUUAAGCUAUUUAGAGAAAUCAUAGGGUAGAUGUAGUUUUAUUCAAGUUCAUAUCAUUAAAUUUCAGAGUUCUAUAUUUUUAAGCGCCUUAACUCUUAAGUGUUAAUAUUGAAGAACUCAUAUAAAAGCGGAACUUUGUGUGACAAUGUGUUGUUGUAAAUUGUUACUUCUUUGUAUAACAUGCGCAUUACUAUAAGCUUGUUGACUGAAGACGAUGGAUAUGAAUGCAAUAUUAAAUAUAUGUUUACCAUUUUAACCGUAAUAUAUAUUUCUUUCAGUUACGGUGUAUGUAGAGCUGAACUAAAAUUUGUUUGUAUGAGUGUGGUCAAACGUUAAUUGUGUUCUGUUCGUAUACAUUUGUAAAUUAAAGACACCUCUACGUUACAAAAUCUUUUUUUUUCUUUUAACUCGUUAUUCAAUGUAAUAAUGUGACACCAU